UUCACCGAUUUAAAAUUACCAUACUAUCUCCUUUAUAUAUAUCGCCGGCCGUAAAAGAGCUGAGAAAACUGCGAAUUAGGGUUUCUUCCCGCCUCGUUGCCGAUUUCCUCUUCGCUCUCAGGAUAAUCUGCGAUGGCUGGGAGAGGUCGCUUACCUCGACAGCCUUUUGACGAUGGCCGACGUGGGUAUCCUGGCAUUGCUGAAGGGCCUUUUCCUCGCGGUCAUGUUCCGCGUCCUCUUCAUCCCGCAGCCUACGAGGAAGAGCUCGAAGUUCAGCAUCACGAGAUCCGAAGGCUGGUGGGUGAUAAUCGAAGGCUUGUGGAGGAUAGAAUUCUUUCACAGCAGGAACUAGGUGCUGCGAAGGAGGAGAUUCAUCGCUUGAAUUUGAUUAUUGCUGAUAUACGUGCUGAAAAAGAUGCACAUUCUUCGAAGUUAAUAGAGAAAGGUUUGAAGCUGGAAGCUGACCUGAGGGCAACCGAGCCACUGAGAAAUGAAGUGAUUCUGCUUCGCGCAGAAGUUCAGAAGCUGAAUGUUAUUAGACAAGACCUUAAUGAGCAAGUUAAGGUCCUGACUCAAGAUUUGAAAAUGGCCAAAGCUGAACAUCAGCAAAUCCCUGCACUGAAGUCAGAAAUUGAUGGUUUAAGGCAGGAGCUUAUGCGUGCAAGGGCUGCAAUUGAUUAUGAGAAGAAAGGAAACGCCGAACUGCUGGAUCAAAGGCAGGCAAUGGAGAAAAACUUGGUUUCAAUGGCACGCGAAGUUGAAAAAUUGCGUGCUGAUCUUGCAAAUAGUGAUGGAAGACCUUGGGGCGUAGGUGGAGCUUAUGGGAUGAAACAUGGCAGCCCCGAAGCACCUUUUGCUCCUCCAUAUGGGGAGGGAUAUGGUGUUAAUUUGGGUGGUGCAGAGAAAGCUCCUCUCUACGGUGCUGGCGCUGGCGCAUGGGGGGCGUAUGACAAAUCUCGCUUUGGACGUCAUUGAGAUGCUACGUUUAUUUAUCUUCCAAACGGGAAAUCUUGCACUUCAUUUUGGCAUCUUCUAUCAAUUAAUGAACUAGCUGUUUUUAGUUUGCUUGGUUGGUGCAUACUCCACCAUCCUUCUCUGUUGAGACUCUGAGUGUUGUCAUUAUAAACCAACAUAGCAUCUUGUUUGUGGUCUAUAUGUGCUUCAAUCUUUUAUGUUAUUUUGUACUGACCAUAUGAGGCCUUAGGCCAACUUCAUUGACGCAUGUUUUUCUUUUUUUCUCUUUUUAUGAUGCAUCAAUUGGCUCUUUCAUUUCCUAA